AUGAAAGAGGAGUUCAAACAUCGGCGUUUAGACGUGGAAUUCGAGUGCAAUAAUAAAAAGAAGGCGAAGGAUUAUUUGGAAGAUGAAUUGAUGGUGCUCGAUACCAUCAAUAACUAUCAAGAUCUGUUUGCCGAAGUCAAGGGAAAAGUAAGCUCAAAAUCGCUCGUUAAACAAGCUAUAGAAAAAUGGAGUACGAGGGAUGCAAUGGGGAAGGAUAAAAUCUACCUUAUAAGCAGUCUGAUCGAAGAUGGAAAGAAGAAGGCUUUUGGAUGUGCUACUUUAUAUGUGCCUGAUAGAAGGGUGACACAGAUCUCAGCAGCACUUGGUUCAUUUCUCAUCAAGCAGAUGAUAAGAUAUCAACUUAUAUAUAAAAGGGGUCAUUUCCACUUGCUAUUCAUUUGCAGCAUGGCCGAAGUGGAACAGGCAGGGAAAGGCGAUGCACGUCUGGUGCCAGAGCUGACUGAAGAGGAGAAGGCUCAACUGGACAAGGAAAGGGAAGAAGCCAAGAAAUCGUCGUAUCCACCAGCACCAGAAUUUCCUCUUGCGGAUCGAGUCAAAGAACUGGGAUUGGAUGUACCACUUGAAAGUCCUGAGUUUUACGAAGAGCUCAAAACAAAACCCACAACAUAUUACAAAGAUAUGAAAGAAUUGCCGGAUUAUGUAGCGAAAAAGUACAUUCCGGACAUUUCUCGACGUUAUAUUGAACUAGAAAAAAGGAUCAAAGUUCUUGAAUCCACCCUGUGGGCUCUGCCUAGGGAGGAUCGUAGUCUUGAAGAGGAUAGGUUCGAGAUUCUUACCGAACUUCUUGACAAAGCAUGCCAAGGUUUUGAAAUAUGGGAUGAGCAUGUGGAAAGGAAUAUCAAAUUUGGUCACAGAGUCGUACUCGAGGCUCGCCUCCUUCAUCUCAUAGAGUCUAAGUUUGAGAUAAUCGAAAGGAUAUGUGCUGAGUUUGACAAGCUGAAAGGCGAUCAGCAUGGAGUGAAUAAUGAAAGAGAGUUCCUUCGCUAUGAAAUUCGUCACUGUGACCUGAUGUUCACGGAAAUCCAUGAAAGUUUUCUCAAGUCAUACCUAGACAUGGAAUGGUAGAAGUAAUUUCCAUUUGUCAAAAAUUUCAUUUUUCUUUGAUGACGAUAGAC